AAAAGGUUAUGAAAGUGUGAGGCAUGUGAUGUAAACAAACUGUUGCUUAGCAAUCACUCGUCGAAAAGGAAGGACGAUAAAAAUAUUUUAGUUUGUAAUAGAGCUUCUUUAAUUAACGUUAAUAUGAAUACUACACCCACGCAAUGGACUACUUAUAUUAAAAAUACGAAUAUUUAUCAACCAGCAAUAGCUACUGAAGCAUUUGAACAUCCACUGAAGUCUACAACGAUUGAUCGUAUACCCAGACGUAUACUUGGUUCCCAACCAAGUACAGGCCGUUCUUCGCCAAUUUUUACUCCUUCUGUAUUUUUAGAACCAUUAUGCAGUGCGUUAGAAGGCGUUGAUCCUUUGUCGCAAUUUAUGAAAGAAGAAAUAGAUCCAUUGUCUCAAAUGGCUGUAGAAUUGUCAACAGUGGAUAGUAUUUUUGAUAGUGAAGGUAAUAAAAGGAAAAUAUCUAAAUCAAACUUAGAAAUUGAAUCCUGGGAUUCACGGAAGCAUUCUAUUUUGUCAAAGUAUACCACUUCAGAAAAAUUGUCUAUUGUAACAAGCUUUAUUAAUGAAGGCGAAAGAGUUGUUGUAAAAGCACAAAAUAUGUCAGUUGACAAAGUACAACAUAGAUUGGAACAGUUAGAUUACUUUGAGGAAGGUUCCCAAAGAAAACUUGACUUAACACAAGCAGAAUAUGUAAAUCGUAUUGACCAGUUAAAUAAGGAAUUAGUGUCUGCUUGGCACUCAGAACAUAGAGUUAAAGCACUAAAAAUUGCUAUACAAUGUGCCAAGUUAUUAGCUGAUACUGAUGUUAUUCAAUUUUAUCCAAGCAAAUUUGUUUUAAUAACUGACAUAUUAGAUAUUUUUGGGCAGUUGGUUUAUGAGAGAUUAAGAGUGAAAGCAAACUAUUGCAAGCAAGGUUCGAAAAUAGUUACUGUCUUGCCCCCUGAUUUCACUUCAGAUAUGGUUCCUGAAUCUGCUAAAGAAACGUGUCGGAACUGGUUUUAUAAAAUCGCCUCAAUUCGGGAACUUAUACCCAGGCUUUAUGUAGAAAUGGCCAUUUUAAAAUCAUACAGCUUUCUAACAUCAAGUGAAUUUUCUGCAGCUUUAUUAAGGCUUACAAGAAUGAUACGAGGUAUUGGUAAUCCUCUGGUUGCUGCUUAUGCAAGAUGUUAUAUUUGUCGCGUUGGAAUUACAGUUACUACAACUUCUAAUUCAGACUCGAAUUAUUUAAAAGAAAAUUUUAACGAUUUUUUGGGAUGCUAUAAUCAGUUGUUUUCUUCCUUUGUACAAGAAGAAUUAAAAAUUCAAAGAGUUCCUGUUGCUACAUAUUUAACUCUAUUUAUGCCAGCCCUCGAAUUCAUUUUACAAGCUGUUGCCUGUACUGUACCGGAAAGUGUAUUAGUCGGUAUAUUAAAGCAGUGUGAACAAAUUGAUAAUAGUGCACUUCUAAUAAAUACUAUUAUUGUUUCAUUUAAGCCAACGUUUAUUUCUGUUAGAGCAGUCGAAAUUCUAGAGAAAAUAAAACGUUGCAUUAAACAAGAUUUCCCCGUUUAUAUACUGCUGUCUAAUCUGGGGUAUUCAAUUAAUUCAUGUCCCCCACCAGCAGAACACAGGAAACAGAUUCUGGGAGACGUUUGGAACAUUAUAUCUCAGUUGGGAGACCCUGAACAGUAUAUAAAUUGUGCAGAAAUUUGGAUUCAAUAUGUAGUGCAAUAUUUUUCAAGUAGGGAAUUGAAUAUAAUUUUAGGAAACGUAAUAGAACACAUGUCCCGAAAGCGGAUUUAUGAAAAUUUUUAUCCUCAGUUAAAAAAUGUCGUUCAGAAGGUCAUUUCGUUUACUCAAGAUUUUGAAACGUUAUUAGCAAUGGACAGUUUCCUUCCUCUAAUAGACUUGUUCCAACGUGAAAAUGUUAAAGUAGAAGUUUGUAAGUCCAUUUUGAUCACAUGUAUUUCGAUUCAAAUGCAAACCAGUGAUCCUGUGAUUACGAAUUCUCUGAUAUUUUUAUGUAGCGUUUUACACGAUUCUAUAAAUGCUCUAACAGUUGAUGAUGAAAGGCGACAAAUCGCAGAAAUUUUAUGCAAUGUUGUUAGACGUGUUGACUAUGGAAGAGAUUUUGAACAGCAGCUUAGCUUUUAUGUUGAAGCUAGAGGAGCAUUUUCUAAUCUUGAUUCAGUUUUGACACAAUUGGUUCAGUGUGUAAACACUUUGGCAACCAAUACAAAAAGAAUAGUAAACGGUUUUCAUUCAAAAAAGACAGCAGCUUUUGUCAGGGCCUGUGCCGCUUAUUGUUUUAUUACCAUUCCAUCAAUUAAAUCCGUUCAUACAAGAUUAGAAUUAUAUUUACUGUCUGGAAGAGUUGCUCUUUCUAAUAAUUGUUUGGGUCAAGCGGAUUCUUUCUUCAAAACGAUAUUAACAACUCUUUCCGAACUUUAUCUAGAGACAGAAGAAAAGCCUGGAAAUACAGAUUGCUUUUUAAUUUCAUAUAUUAACAACUUGCUCUCGGUCCUAGUUGUUGUACCAGACAGUCCUGACAGAGGUGUACUCAGUCUUACUAAAGCUCUUUUAAAUAUACUGAAAAAUUUUAAUUAUAAACAAAUCGGAACUUUAGCGCAAAUUUACGUUAACGUUCUUGAUAUGUUAAGUACCAUGGUUCAGGAAAGUUAUCCAUAUCAUGUGGACAGGGUGGAAUCAAAUGAUUCUUUAUAUGGCUCAGAUCCCAAGUUUAUUAGUGAAGUUGACAAAAUGUGUUCCAUUAUUUUAGGAGAAAUUUUAAAUCAGCUGAAACUAAUUGGACCUUGUAACCACCAAUCAUCCAUUGCUUUUGAAUUAUUACUUCGAAUUAUUAUAAGAGGUGACAUGAGCAAAAAUUCUUUAUCUAAUUUGACCCAAAAUUUAUGGCUUUUAAGUUUGAAAAAUGGGAAUCUCAGCACCAAGUAUUUGGCUGCUACAAAAAAACAUCUGGAAUACUAUGGAAAGGCUUUAAAUAAUCCAUAUUUAUUAGAAACCGUUGAAAAAUUAAAAUUUUAAUGGUAAACAAUUGGACUGA